AUGGAACCGCAUAGUUAUGUUUGGCUGUUAGUCGUCGGAGCGCUUGUUGCGUUCGCUGAUGGAUUUGGUAUCGGUGCUAAUGAUGUAGCAAACAGUUUCUCAACAUCGGUUGGUUCCCGAUCUCUUUCAUUGAGACAAGCUUGCGGUAUCGCCAUAUUUACCGAAUUUUUCGGGGCGUUCUUACUGGGUUCAAACACGGCCGAAACCAUUAAAGGAGGAAUUAUCAAAGUGACAUUAUUUGCAGAUAGACCAGAAUUGCUCAUGUUAGCAAUGGUUUGCGCAUUAGUUGGCUCAGCUAGUUGGGUCAUAUUCGCUUCAAGCCGCGGAUGGCCAGUUUCAACUACACAUUCAAUUGUUGGUGCCAUAAUAGGUGUUGGUAUCUCUGCUUUCGGUUGGGGAGGUAAAUUUCAAGAUUUAAAUUUAGCCAUUGACUGGUCUUAUGGUGGUGUUGCGAAAAUUAUUACCUCAUGGUUUGUUUCACCCGUUGUAUCUGGGAUUAUAGCAUCGGGAAUAUUCUUAGGAACAAAAUAUUUAGUUCUCGUUUAUCAAGACAAUUCCUUCCAACGAGGUUUAGUCGCUGUCCCAAUUUACUUUGCGAUAACCAUCUGUAUCAACGUACUUUACCUUGUCUUUAAAGGUGCACCAGGUCUCCAUUUAGACAAACUCCCACCUUAUGCCAUCGUACUUAUUGUUCUUGGUGCAACAAUUAUUGCCUCUUCCUUUAGUUACUUCUUCUAUGCACAAUUUUUGAAAAGAUUGAUUAUUGGAAAAGAAACCGGACUCAGAUGGUAUCAUGUUUUCAUCAUUCCAUGCAUCAGACAACCUCGUUAUGAUAAUACUGCCGAUAAUGCUGUUGAAAAAGGAACAAACAAUAUCGAAAAACAAGAAGGAACUGAGGAGAAUAAAAUUGUUCAAGAUGUUUCAUCUGAUGACGAUUCGAAUAACAACAAAAAUAUCUUUCAAGCGGGCAUUUCAAUUAUUGGAAAAAAAUUGUUACAUGGCGUUAAUAAAGAAGUUGCAGAUCAUGACGCACAUAAUAAUCAAGAAAUGCAUGAUGCCGCAAUAAAAUAUGAUCCAGAUACAGAAAGAUUAUAUUCUUUCCUUCAAGUUCUUACUGCCUCAUUCGCCUCGUUUGCUCAUGGUUCAAAUGAUGUUGCGAAUGCGGUUGGUCCCUUAUCUGUCAUUUAUCUUAUUUAUGAAAGUGGUGCUGUUGAUGUAUCAGGGAAAACACCGGUGCCUAUUUGGGUUUUAGCCUUGGGUGGUUUUGCCAUUGAUAUGGGUCUUAUCUUUUAUGGAUACCAUGUAAUGAGAUCUCUCGGGAAUAAAAUUACUUAUCAUUCACCUUCUCGUGGUUUCGCCAUGGAAUUGGGCACUUCAUUGACUGUUUUGACGGCCUCAAAGAUUGGUCUCCCAGUGUCAACAACACAUUGCAUCACUGGAGCGACUGCGGCUGUAGGAUUAUGUAAUGGAAAUGCAAAAUCCCUAAACUGGAAAUUACUUGGCUGGUGCUUCUUCAGUUGGGUUCUAACUCUUCCAGUCGCCGCAACAAUUUCUGGUGGAAUAUUUGCUUUCGCUUCAAAUGCACCUUCGUUGCAUCCUGAAAUAGCACCUGCAGCAAUUGCUUAA